UUUUGUAAGCAACUCUGCUUACGAUUUGAGCAAAGGCUGUCAGACAAAUUUGUUGGAAACACAUUUGUACAUAAGAUAAAAGAUGACUGAGUUUUAAAAAAAUAGGAAGCUGUUUAGCAUUUUCUUUUAAUCAGUAGAUUUUAUUUAUUUUAUUUAUAUGUACAUUCUGUACAACAAUGCUCAAUUUUAUUAUAUACGGAAGUUUCAGCCCUAGUACCCCGAAGGCUGUGCCACGGCGUAUAUAAGUGAUCGUCUUGUGGCGAGUUCCGUGCGGGUUCCGGGAUUUACAUUCCGGGUGGCCGUCGCCAUUUUGUCCCCGCAAUCAUGUCUCAUGUGCAUUGCCAUUCGCAUGCUAUUGUGGGUCAGGUCUACAAGUCGGUGGUGAACGAUACCAUCGCGGCCGUGCGCAGCUUCUUCCUGGACGAGGGCGUCGACGAACAGGUGCUGCAGGAGCUGAAGACGCUGUGGGAGACCAAGCUGAACCAGAGCCGCGCCGUCGACCUCAAGGAGCCCGAGACGACCCCGCAGCAGAGCAAGUCGGCGCGCGCGUCGGCAGUGCGCGCGGCAGCGCGCUCAGCGGCUCCGGCGGCCGGCGCGGCGGCCCAGCCGGUCGCUCAGCCUCAGUCGCUGGUGCCCAUCCAGAUCACCAUUCCGCCGCAGCAGCCCGGAGGAGAGAACAAGACCAUCGUCGUCCAGGUGCCCGUGUCGGCGGUACAGUCGGGCCUGGCCGGCCAGCACCUACAGACAAUUCUCAGCUCGGCGGCGGCGCAGGCCACGUUCGCGCUGCCGCCCGACAUCGCCAGCAGCAUGCUGCAGCAGCAGCUGAACGAGGCGCUGCGCCAGUCCAGUCAGCAGCAGCAGCGUGUGGUGACCGUGGCGCCGGCGGCCGGAGGCGGAGUCCAGUACGCCGGCGGCGUGGCCCCGGCGCAGCACAGGCUGCCUGGUCAGCUGGACGGCAGUGGCGACAGUCCGCCGGCGGCGGAGCGCGCCGGCGCCUCCUUCACACUCCCCGCCGGCGCGUGUGCCGCCCCCGCCCCCGCCGCCGCCGCCGCCGCCGCCGCCGCCGCUCCGUCUCGUAGCGCGGAGGAGCGCCGGCGCGCCGACCGGCGGCUGGCGCGCCGCCUGGGCCUGCGCGUACCGCAGACCGACGGCCUAGACGACACGUCCGACAGCGACGACGACGUGGAUGACGACGUCGAGGACGACAUCGACGACGACGACGACGAUAUCGGCAAUGACGAGGACGAGGAGGAUCAGGAGGGCCAGGAGGAGGAGCCGCUGAACUCCGAGGAUGACGUCAGCGACCACGAGCCGGCCGACCUUCAGGAGACGUUCAACGUCAUGGUCUGCCAGUACGACAAGAUCACACGCAGCCGAAACCGAUGGAAGUUCCACCUCAAGGACGGCAUUAUGAACCUGGACGGGAAGGACUACAUAUUCCAGAAGGCCGGUGGAGACGCCGAGUGGUGAAAAGUCGCCGGGACGCACGUGACUGACGUGCGGCGUCACUGGGCCCGAGAGGGGCCUCGCCGAGAGUCUCUGGACAGCUGGACGGGUCGCCCGAGUCUGAGUGGACGGCUGCGCUCGUCCGCUGGACGACCGUACAGAGGGCGCCACUUGUCUAUGGAUGUGUUAUAGGUGGCGCUGCCGUCGAACUAUCGGUGAGUGUCGCGCCGUUCUGUGGCUGUGCCCGGCGCUACCGAGCUGUAACGGCACAACGGAAUCUGUUUAACCCAAUAUGUGAUGUCACGCUGCACAGCACGGUCGGCCGCACAGCACUGCCCGUCGCCGGUCGGCAUGUGCCGGGUCGGACGGGCGCAACCCCGCGCCACAAUACGCGGCCGAUCUCGAACGAAAACGGCACCGAGCGUCCGGGCCAUGUGCAGCCUAUGAACGGGAGGUUCUGUCCACUGGUCCCCGCCCGUGGCGUCUUCCCAUACGGCCGCUGCCGCGCGGCGUGGGCCACUAUCUGAGCGGAGCGGGGUCCGGCGAGCGGCAGAGGUGGCCGCCGGGCCCCCAGUGGCCGGGCCAGCGGGUGGCGAGCAGCAGAGGCGGUCCCCGGACCCCCAGCGGCAGAGGUGGUUGGCCGGGCCCCGGGCUCCCAGCGGCUGUCUUUUGGUGCGUGUUCCGGUGAAUGUGUUCGUCGUUGUGUUUGUGUGCGCGACUGUCUGUGUGUGUUUGCUGUGCCGGUGUGGAUGGGAGUUGCUGUGCCUUGCCGCGUCUCGGCGAUCGGGGCGCCGGAGAUUGUUUGACAUUGUCGCUCGGACCGAGUGUGCAAGGGUCGUGGCGUGUUCUGCGGCCGCGGCCGGGCCGCUCCAGUCAUCUCAGAGCGUCCCGUGUCGUUAUGGUAAUAUCCGACGUUCCAUGAUGGUAACAAUACAAGGGCUGAAACGACGUUCA